CUCAGUCUGAACUCAACAUUUGACCUCAACUGAAUUUCGAAAGAUCAAAAGUUAGCAAAACGUGCUGGAGACUGCGCAGGACGAACUUGUUCAUUACCAAGAUCAUGGUGUCAGUGUCAUGGAACUUAGUCAUCGGUCAACUCAGUUUUCUACCAUCAUGCAAGGGGCCAAGAAGGAUCUAAGAGAUCUACUAAACAUACCUGAAAAUUAUGAUAUUCUGUUCCUUCAAGGUGGAGGUACAGGGCAGUUUAGUGCUGUACCUAUGAAUCUGUGUACAACAACUGGUUCUGUAGCUGAUUAUUUGAUAACAGGUAGUUGGUCAGCAAAAGCCACUAAAGAAGGGGAAAAAUACUGUCGAGUGAACAAAGCAUUGCCAUCUUCAAAUGCUUAUAAUGGUAUUCCUGAUCAGAGUACCUGGAAUCUCAGCCCUGAUGCUAAGUAUGUUUACUUUUGUGCAAAUGAAACUAUUCAUGGUGUUGAAUUUAAUUUUAUCCCUGAAACUGGAGAUGUCCCAAUAGUUACUGAUAUGUCUUCCAACAUACUGACAAAGCCAGUGGAUGUUUCCAAGUAUGGAAUCAUCUUUGCUGGAGCACAAAAGAACAUAGGGAUAGCAGGAGCAACAGUAGUCAUUAUUCGUGAUGAUUUAGUGGGUCAUGCAGUGCCUUUCUGCCCUUCUAUUCUGGACUAUAAACUAAAUCUACAAAACAAUUCUGUUUACAACACACCAUCAACAUUCAGUAUAUACAUAAUGGACUUGGUGUUCAAGUGGAUAAAGAAACAAGGAGGUGCAGAAGCUAUGGGUGAAAAAUCGCAAGUGAAGUCCAAACUUAUUUAUGAUGUUAUUGACAGUUCUUCUGGUUUCUACUACUCCAGUGUUUUCCCAAAGGAUCGCAGCAGAGUCAACAUUCCCUUCAGAAUUGGUGGGUCAGAAGGAAGUGAAUAUCUUGAGAAGAAAUUUCUAGAUGAAGCUCACAAGAGAGGAAUGGUUUCACUGAAAGGACAUAGGAGUGUUGGUGGAAUACGGGCUUCCUUGUUCAAUGCCAUCACUGUGGACGAAGUAGAACAUUUGUCCAACUUCAUGAAAGAGUUCAAAGAUAAGCACAAGCAGUGAUCUUAAUCUGUACUUGCCAACAGGAUCACUUAUAGGGCUUUCGUUUUUGUUACAUUUCGGUGAAUGAUAUAUUUUCUACAAUAUCAAAUUUAACUAUAUAUAUUUUGGCUUAAUUUUAUUUAAAGCAUGGUGUAACUUUGAUAAUUCCUAUGUAACCAAGCUGAAAUAAAAAUAAAGCAAAUUUAAU